AAUAUGAACGUCUUACAUAUUUUCGUAUUUUCUUUGUUUAUUUUAGAAUGCUUAAGUUUGACAGACAGGGAAAUAAAGUUGUCUGUAAAUUAUUAUACUUUCAAAAACAUUAAUUUUGUGUGUUUGUUGGUGUGCAAUGAUGUUACUUGGAGUUCAAACUUUGUUAAAUAUGCAACCAUGAAGAAUAUAGCCGUGUCAUCGUUGGAACUAGACCAGAAUACACUGAAACACCAAAAUAAAAUUAACUCCUGUUUUUAUCAGCAUUACCUUCAAGUCGGACUGUUGUUAGAUACAAAAUGCCCUUUUUCUGAAAUCAUGUUUUGGGCUUCUAAAGAACUAAUGUUUGAUGGAAAUCAUUAUUGGUUUAUGAUCGACACAAAAGUAAAUAAAACUACAGGACAAAGAUAUUUUCAAAAUAACGUGACUGUUGUAAGCGUUUUAAAUAAUUUAAACAUUGGUCUUGACACCGAAAUUAUUCUGGCUACUGAAAAAGAUGACAAUGAAUAUUACUUAGAAGAAAUAUAUAGUUUUGGAACAAUAAAAGGUGGUGAAAUAAAUGUAACUACCAUAGGACAUUGGAAUGAGAAAAACGGUUUACAGAUGUGGUAUUCGGGUUACUACAAGUACCUGCAUCGGUGGGACUUCAACAAUUUGCCAUUGGUUAUGAUUACGGUGACCAGCAGGCCCGAUAGAUUUCGUCCUGAAAUGUUGGACUACGACAACUCCUCGCCUGACAUCAACGUUGUGACUAAAACAAGCGUCAACAUUUUCAAUAUCGUCGCAGAGAGACACAAUUUCAGAUUUGUUCACUCCAUCACUGACAGAUGGAUCGGCAGUUUAGUAAAAAAUGAUACGGGCACUCGAGCAGGAGUCACCUCGUUAUUCUUCAGAGAAGCUGAUUUCAUAACUGUGCUGCGACUGUACCCAGAACUUUACAGUCAAAUUGAUUAUCUGUAUCCACACGUCACUUACAUUGGGACAAAAUUCUACUACCGCAUCCCAGAAACCGGAGUCGGGAAAUACGAGAAUCGUUUCUUAACCCCUCUGUCGCCCGGCUCGUGGAGUUGCAUUCUCGCCAUGUGCGUGGUGUGCGCCGGCGUCCUUCUCAUGACUACGGUGGUCGAGAAUAGACCCUCAUCGGCGCAGUUCGCACUGUUUACUGUUAUGGCUUUGGUGUCGCAACAAAGUUUCGAUGACAACGACGAAACAGUGAUUGAAAGAAGAAGCUUUGCUCGUAAGGUAGCAGUGCUAGUCACCGGCACCAGCUGCUUACUCCUGUACAACUACUACACCAGCAGUGUGGUCAGCUGGCUGCUGAGCGCGCCCCCUCCGUCCAUCCACUCCAUAGACGAGCUGAUGCAGAGUCCUUUGGAGGUCAUAUUUGAAGAUGUGGGGUAUACCAAAUCUUGGUUGCAGAUUCCGGGAUAUUAUUUCAAUAAAAGAUAUACACACAUGGAAGACAAAUUAAGAGCAAGAAUAAAGAGCAGCAAAAAAGGACCUUUAAUAGUGGAUGUGAAUAAGGGUAUAGAGAUGAUCAAAUCUGGAGGUUAUGCAUUUCACGCCCAAAUCCAGAAUGCUAACGAACGCAUAUCCAAAACAUUUGACAAGAUGGAACUCUGCAAGCUAGGGUCAUUGCUGUCGAUGCCCUACAACCCUCUAUAUCCGGCCAUUCCUAAGAAAAGUCCCUUUAAAGAGUUCUUUGUAUGGAGCCUACACCGUCUAAACGAGCGAGGCUUCAUAUCGUACGUGCAGCGUCGCCUCGCCUCCAGAGACAUCUCGUGCGACGGCAGCAUCCCGCGCGCCCUGGCGCUGGGCGGCGCCGCGCCCGCCUUCGCGCUGCUGGCCUUGGGCGGCAUGUUGUCACUGAAUAUCAUGGUGGUGGAGAUGGUUUUGUUUAGAAUAUCAAAAAGAAACAAAAUUACUCCAUACUUAAAUUAGAUUUAUAGAACAUGCAAAGUUCAAUAGAUUCUAAAUAUUGCUGAAAGCUUUGCUGCACCUGUUCACAUUAUUUAUAGCUUACAAAAGAAAUAACUGCGGAUAAGUAAUUAAUAAUAAAUCAGAAUACUUUUACUUUGUUUCUUUUCAGAUGUAGUCCAAAUAUUUAAUAUUAAACUAUUUAUGGCAUUAAUUUUGCAGCUUUUAUUUGUAUGU